AUGGUGUUGCGAAAGGUGUUGCGAAGGAAAAAGGGAAAGAGGGGAAACCCAACGACAGCGACGCGCCCGAAUAUUAACAGCCUUACCCUACCUGAACCAGCACCCAGCACCCGCUCGCAGCACCCGCUCGCAGCACCCGUAUCACCCAGCAGCCGCUCGCAGCACCCGCUCGCAGCACCCGCUCGCAGCACCCGCUACCAGCACCCGCUCUCAACAUCCGUGUCACCCAGCACCCGCUCGCGACAUCCGUGUCACCCAGCACCCGCUCGCAGCACCCGCUCGCAGCACCCGCUAGCAGCACCCGCUCGCAGCAUCGGUGUCACCCAGCACCCGCUAGCAGCACCCGCUAGCAGCACCCGCUAG